ACCACCGGGAAAUUCUUUAAAAAAAAAAUACUCUGGACCUCUAUUGAUAAACCUCAAAAAUCGAGUUGGUUUAUCAGUAAGCUUACAAACAUCCGUGAGAGAGGAUCGCCGUGAGCGUGAUAUCCGAGCCAAGAUGCUUGCAACUGCGGGCGUAAUAUUCUUCAUUGCAGUGUGUGCCAUUGUGGUCGGGGGUGCCAUUUACCGUCGCCAAAGUAGCAAAUGCAGAAGCACUCGGCGACUGAAAGGCAAAACUAUCAUCGUCACGGGAGGUUCAUCAGGGAUCGGACUGGCGACGGCGGAGGACCUAGCUCGCCGCGGGGCAAGGGUCAUCCUCGCCUGCAGGAACGCCGCAAAAGCCAACCAAGUUGCACACGGCAUUCGGGAGAGGACGGGCAACGCUGAAGUGCAAGUGAGAGACCUGGAUACGUCGGACUUUGACUCCGUGAGAAAAUUUGCGAAGGAGUUCAAGGAGACUGAAGGGCGCUUGGAUGUACUGAUAAACAAUGCCGGCGUGGGCAUCCCUGAGAAAAGGUUGAGCAAGCAAGGGUUUGAGUUGACUUUGGCCACUAACCACUACGGCCAUUUCCUCCUCACUAACCUCCUCGUUGACGUCCUCAGAGCCAGUGCACCAAGUCGCGUGGUUACCGUGUCGUCUUUGGUACACAAGUACUGUUCCAAGGCUGAUCUCGAGGACUUGAACUUCGACAAGACGCCCUACGCUGUGUUCCCUGCAUAUGCGCUCUCCAAACUGUGCAACAUCCUCUUCACUAAAGAAAUUGCUCGGAAACUGCAGGGGACAGGUGUGGUAGCUAAUUGUCUCCACCCCGGUGUUGUCGCCACAGGUUUACUAAAUAAAGAAAACACGUGGUUGGGUGCGCUGCUUACCUUCUUACUCGGGGUUAUUGGCAAGAGUCGAGACGAUGGCGCGCAAACUAGUAUCUACUUAGCUGUGGCCGAAGAAGCUCAGCACAUGUCCGGAAAAUACUUCGUAGACUGUAAGGAGAGCUCGUGCUGCAAGUUAGCCGAAGACGAAGGCCUGGCCAAGAAGCUGUGGGAGGUGAGCGAACGAGACGUUAAACUGCAGCCUGGUGAGAUAUUUUACUAGUGGGCGUCGAUCUGAAGGGUAUUUUAUUAGUGGGCGUCGAUCUGAAGGGAAUUGGUGUGCGUUAACGUCCCUCGCAACUGCGACAUAGUCUUGACAUCGCGCGAGAGUUAAUAUCACAGAGGCGCGGGGGCGGAGUCUCAAUCUAUAAGUUUUGUGGACGCCCCAGACGUUGAUUUCAAACAGGGUAAGGAGUUGGUCGACGGUCCGUCUACCUUCCUUUUUUUUCUCUUAUUUUAUGCUAUCAUCAUUGCCAUUUCUUUUGCACGUAUCCCUGGGUGACUGCAUGACUUCGCCAGACAGGUUUCACGUUUCCAGCUCUGACAAGAGGUGUAGGGACAAACUUCCCACCUUACCUUGACGGAUUGUGAAAAAGUAAGAAAAUGGAAAUGCAGUAAUUUGUGGAAUAAAUAAAAACUUUCAAUCAAUUAAGUCACUAGCAACUACUUCAUGUUUAUCUCUACAUGACGGCUAAGCCAAGAAUUUUUACUUUUUACUGUAAAUAUACUUUAUACAGGAGUAUUCUAGUUGAUCUGGA